CAGCUCAGCCUCUGUCCGCUCAGUCUGCUGCUACCAGUCAGUGCGCACACGUUCAUGGAGGAAACCGCAGGAAGAGGAUCAGGAAACUUGUGGACAUUGUUGAACUGAGCGCAGCAUACUCUGAGAUUAAACCACCUUUAACUGUUCCGACUGUGAUGAGACUUUAAUUUGACGUGUGAUUUGUGAAGAGCCCAGCUGCCACCUCCAGGCUGCUUUUUUUUCAUUCAUUUCCUUCUGACUGACAUGAGAACCGCUGAAGGCUCAUCUGGAACGGUCCUGCACCGUCUCAUCCAAGAGCAGCUCCGCUACGGGAACCUGACCGACACUCGCACACUUCUGGCUAUCCAGCAGCAGGCCCUGCGCGGAGGCAGCAGCAGCGGCGGCGGAGGCACCGGCAGCCCUCGCUCCUCUCUGGAGAGCUUGACUCAGGAGGAGACCCAGUACAUCCAGAUGUCAACACGACAGGAGCCUCAAGGCCAGGAGCACCAGGGGGACUGCUUGCACUCUGAGAGCCAGGUGUGCCAUUUGUACCAGCUCCAUGGAGAGGAGCUGCCCACCUAUGAGGAGGCAAAGGCCCACUCCCAGUACCUGAUCUCCCAGAAGGGGCAGGCAGUGCAGGAAGCACCCAGCAUGGACAUAAUGGGGAGCCACAGUGAGGGGCAGUGGGAUUUGAAAAGGGAGCACGCUCGCUCGCUCAGUGAGAGGCUCAUGCAGCUUUCUCUGGACAGGAACGGACUAAGAGACAGUCUUGCUAUGAGCUCCUCGCACAGCUAUCCACAGCUGUAUAAUAAUGUUGCAAACGCUGUGGCAGCUGACAGGCAAGGGGCCCAGCAGUGUGUGGAACAGCGUGGGCCACCCCCAGACUACCCUCUGUUUGCCAGACUUCCUGGAUACAUGCUCAGCCACUCACAGGAGCACGGACAGUACUACAGAGACCCUCCUCCCCCCUUCUACUCCCAGCAUCACAGCAGGUCUGCUCAGUCCCAGGCGGCUCACAACAGCAUCGCUGCAGUCUCCAGCAAUAACUCAGCUCAGAGCGACGUGUUGAUGCGGGAGAAUGAGCGCCUCAGGAAGGAGCUGGAGGUCUACACCGAGAAGGCCGCCAGGCUGCAGAAGUUGGAGUUGGAGAUUCAAAGGAUAUCUGAAGCUUAUGAGACUCUGAUGAAAGGCUCUGCCAAGCGGGAAACUCUGGAGAAAACAAUGAGGAACAAACUCGAGGCGGAGAUUAAGAGGUUGCAUGAUUUUAACAGAGACCUGAGAGAUCAGCUUGACUCUGCUAACAAGCAGCGAGCAGCCAAGGAGGCCGAGUGUUCAGACCAGAAACAACACGUCUUUGUUAAACUGCUGGAGCAAAAUGAAGAGCAGCAGCGGGAGCGCGAACAGCUGGAGAGGCAGAUACAGCACCUGCGCGUCUCCGGUGAGGAGUGCCAGCGGAGACGGGAGAUGCUGGAGCAGGCUCUGGUUUCGGCACAGGCCCGCAACCGGCAGCUGGAGGAAGAACUGCAGAGGAAGAGAGCGUACGUGGAGAAGGUGGAGCGGCUGCAGAGCGCGCUGGCUCAGCUGCAGGCAGCGUGCGAGAAGAGGGAGACACUCGAACUGCGACUGCGCACACGACUGGAGCAGGAACUGAAAAGCCUCAGGGCACAACAGUCUCAGAAAGAGGCAGCUGACCCCAUGGCUUCAGAACCGAGCUCCUCCACGUUGCAGCAGCAGCUGAGGGAGAGGGAGGAGCGUAUUCUGGCCCUGGAGGCAGACAUCACCAAGUGGGAGCAGAAGUACCUGGAGGAGAGCACCAUGAGGCAGUUUGCAAUGGAUGCAGCUGCCACUGCUGCAGCACAAAGAGAUACAACCAUCAUCAAACAUUCACCUCGACAUUCACCAAACAACAGUUUUAAUGAAGACCUUCCUUUGUCGAGUCACAGACAUCAGGAGAUGGAGAACAGGAUCCGCGCACUUCACGCUCAGCUCCUGGAGAAGGAUGCUGUGAUUAAAGUCAUUCAGCAGCGCUCCAGGUGGGAGGAGGGCAAGCUGGAGAAACAGGGGCUUCGUCUCGCCAGAUCCGUCCCCUCCAUCAACACUAUGGCCAGCAGCACAGAGAGUAAAGGAAAGAGCCUCUCAGAUGACCAGACAGGUGCUGCUGCUGCUGCGCUGCAACCCCAACCCCGCAUGGGGCCCAGGGGCCCAAGCCGAGAUUCCAGCACCCAAAGUGACGAGGCCCCACAGGAGCCUGAGCCCACAGCAGAGCCUGAGAAGCUAAAGACGUCUGAGGUGAUCUCAGCAGCUACAAGUGACUCCUCAGAGGAACUACUCAAGACAUUCAAGAGCAUCAACAGCUCAGACGCAGAGGUGGUUGAAAUUCUCAUUUGAGCGCUCGCUGCACAGACACAGACUGAACAGUGACAGCCAACGAUGACAGAGUCUUUGGCCAAAGUCCUCGUCUAUGUCUAACCACAAAUACAGAAAGACUGAUCGUCCUACCUGAGCGGUUUCACCUGCAACAACAUGCAGAGUCCAGAAUGUGGCGCAGUUUGCAGAGGAGAGCUGAGCUUUCCUUCUGCUGCACAAACUCUGACAUUUGCUGCAAGAGACAGAAAUUUCCAAGGUACCUGGACAGUACUCUGCAUUGUGAUAGGAACUGGGCUGCUGACGGUGCAUAUACAUAUGUUGUGCAUGUUACGUUUUGAGUUGUGUAUUGUAUUUAUAUUUGUAAAUGCUGCUCAUAUUGUGAUGUUACUUUUAUGUGUGAGAGGUGAGAAGAAUAAGGAUCGCUCGCCUUGUUGCGCUCCACUUAAAUUAUACACAUUUAUACUCACUUUUCUGGAUUAAGCGCGCAAUCCUUUUAUUUUUUUGUUUGGUUUAUUUUGAAUUUCCAGUAGCGAGCCUAUUAUCAUGCCCUCUGAAAGUCAUUGGAAUAUUUAUAAUGUAAGCAUCCUCCAUGUACUCAUGCCAUGUUUGGGGAUUAUUCUGUUUAACAGAGCCUGAAUUAACAGUUGCUCCUCUCUUUAAAAUACAUUCAGGCCGCUGCUCACAGCUCAGCAGAGGAUUUGUAGAACGUCUGCUCACUUCUCUCUUAAAAAAGCCCGCGAGGAUUGACAGUGUUUCACAGGGGGUCUAAUUUUCCAGAUCCUGGGUUAAUGUUGGGGGCCUCCGAUGGCGACUGCCCAGCAUUUCGCUCCGCUCCGCUGACAUGCUGGAGCUAAUCUUCUCACAUUCCCCCGCUGAGGGAAUGCUCCCGUUAAAGAAAAAGGCUAUCUAAAGUCUGACCCCUCGCCCUUGUUAAAAUGGCACGCAUUCUCCACAUGUUCUCUUCCUGGGGCUGGUUAUUCCUUCGGAGUCGCGGUAGCUGGUUCUACUGCGAGCACAGAAAUGGCCAACUAUAAUUGGCCUGCAUUUGCUACUCUGUUUGUUGUCCCCAUCACUGUGUUAUAUUCGGCUGUGUUUCCCCCAUUGCUCAAGUAUCUCACAUUUCUGAGUGGACGACAUCUUUAACAUGGAAUCUUCUAUUUAUUUCUCCCUGCAUAGUGUAGGAUCACUGAACACUGCUGAAUGUAGACUCCUGUUCUCCAGGACUGUGUUUUUAUUUAACUGGAAUGUGCCACAGCUCAGAUUUUUCCUCUUCAGAGGGAAAUGCCGCUAAGCUAAUAGCUAACUGUACAGAAUUGCUGAAUUAUCAUCACUACAACAUUAUCAACAGGAGUUAUGUCUGAAGUUACACAAAUUGCAUGUGAAAUCUCACAUUUGACUGGUAUUCCCCUUCAAACUCUGUCACCAUAUUUCCCGUCACAGUGCGUUUGCUGGUCGAUGCAGUGUGUCAGCCUGACGUAUUAAUGCCCUUCACUUUUUUUUGGAAUGUGUUUACAUGAAUGGCUAUUUGAAGUGAGAGAAGUUAAUAUAUUUUGUAGUUGUUUUUUUCAUUUAUGUACUUUUUUGUUUUAUGGAGCCAAAGAUGUACUCAUCUUCUAAGUUAUAACCCGUGACAAAUACAAAAGGUUCUGUUAUGGUGCCUUGCUUCAGCUGGUUGACCCAUUGUGAUGUUGCUGUGAACUUUUGUAAAGAAAACAUUUGUAUGUAUGCCUUAACAUUUCACUAUAAUAGAUUAAAAUUCUUAAUAUAUGUCUGAUAAAA